GCAGCAGACGUCCUGAGACUGCCCCUGCCCGCGGAGCCGGUGAGUCCAGCUGAGUCCAGAGCCAACGUCCGCCCGCGUCCCAUCCGCGCACCUCGGCCCCACCAUGGCUCGGGGCCCGGGCCUCGCGCUGCGGUCGCCACCGCUGCCGCUGCUGUUGCUGCUACUCCUGGCAGCGGUGAUCGGCCAGGCAGCCGCACGGGACAACUGUACGUGCCCCACAAAUAAGAUGACCAUAUGUAGCCGGGAAGGCCGGGACGGCCGCUGCCACUGCCGCGCGUUCGGGACUAACGUCGAGGUCAACUGUUCCUCGCUGACCUCCAAAUGCCUGCUGCUCAAGGCGCGCAUGAGCGCCCGCAAAAGCGGCCGCAUGCUGGUACGCCCCAGCGAGCACGCGAUCGUGGACAACGACGGCCUGUACGACCCCGACUGCGACCUUGAGGGCCGCUUCAAGGCCCGCCAGUGCAACCAGACGUCGGUGUGCUGGUGCGUGAACUCCGUGGGCGUGCGCCGCACGGACAAGGGCGACCAGAGCCUGCGUUGCGACGAGCUGGUGCGCACCCACCACAUCCUCAUCGACAUGCGCCACCACCCGGCCGACCGCGCCUUCAACCCCUCCGACCUGGACGCCGAGCUGCGGCGGCUCUUCCGCGAGCGUUACCUGCUGCCCCCCAGGUUUGUGGCGGCGGUGCACUACGAGCCGCCCAUCAUCCAGAUCGAGCUGCGGCAGAACGCGUCGCAGAAGGCCCCCGGCGACGUGGACAUCGCGGACGCCGCCUACUACUUCGAGAGGGACGUCAAGGGCGAGUCGCUGUUCCCCGGCCGCGGCGGCCUGGACGUGAGCGUGAGCGGCCAGCCCCUGCUGAUGGAGCGGCCGCUCAUCUACUACCUGGACGAGAAGCCGCCGCAGUUCUCUAUGAAGCGCCUCACAAGCGGCCUCAUCGCCGUCAUUGUGGUGGUCGUGCUGGCCCUCGCCGCCGGCGUGGCCGUCCUGGUGAUUACCAACUGGAGGAGAUCCGGGAAGUACAGGAAGGUGGAGAUCAAGGAAAUGGGGGAGUUGAGAAGGGAACCGAGCUUGUAGGUACGGGCGGGGCAGGGGGCGGGGUGGGGUGCGCGAUUCUCGCAGGUUUCCCAGACCAAAGUGAGUCACGAUUCUUGAUUCUGUGAGCCCAAAGCAGACAUUUCUCUUCCUAAAUUCCUUGUCUCUCCGUACCGCACCCACCAAGUUUAACCAGUCGUGGUCUCAGAGUCACCUCUCUUUGGGACUUUUGUCCUGAAGGAGGCAUUUGUAAAAUUCCUUCCCCUUCGGUCCAACGAGAAACCUGUCUGGAAGAGUUAAGGAAAGACUUGCAUAGGGUCAUGUAUGAGAAUCAAGUGUCAACAUGACAACCCAGUAUCUUUACAAGUGACACCAUUAAUGUUGAAAGCUUAAAUGCGUUUUGAUGGGAAACGGCGCGUUCACUGUCUUGGGUUUAAGUUAUUUGAUUAGCUCCACUUGGCCCGUGGCCUUCUUGAUGGGGAGCUGCUAAUUGGGUCUGUGCAGUAUCCGCAUUCACCAUCGUUUGCAUUACCGGCCACAUGUACUUGUCACCUGGAAAGAAAUCUGUUACAGUUGCCUCAGCACAUUUUAGAUUGAGGGAGGACUCCACCUGGAAAUUCAGCGUCCAGCUUCAUCUUGCCCUUGUAACAGCUGAUAUUAGUAAUGUUUCUUUUGUAAAAUGUUUGUACAUAACGUUAUCUUUGAUAAUGCUGCUGUGAUUUUUUUUAAAAACACGAAUUUAAUAAAAUAUGGGAAAGGCAUAA